GUUUCAAAAAAUAAAAAAGGCUUUUUUCCCGACAUCUUAGGGAGGCUGCAGUGGUCGUCGCCACUCUCCGAACUUCAUCAUGCCGCCCAAGGAUGACAAGAAGAAGAAAGAUGCCGGAAAGUCGGCCAAAAAAGACAAAGACCCAGUAAAUAAGUCCGGUGGCAAGGCCAAAAAGAAGAAGUGGUCCAAAGGCAAAGUUCGGGACAAGCUCAACAAUCUAGUCCUGUUUGACAAGGCUACAUACGNGCAAGGCCAAAAAGAAGAAGUGGUCCAAAGGCAAAGUUCGGGACAAGCUCAACAAUCUAGUCCUGUUUGACAAGGCUACAUACGACAAACUCUGUAAGGAAGUGCCCAACUAUAAACUUAAUACUCCAGCCGUG